GUUCUUAAUAAUAAUAAUUAAAUGUUAGUAAUAAGUGUCACAAUAAGCGGGUUACGCGCUGCGACGUAAAACGCGCAUGCGGAACCAAAGUGAGAUAGCAGUAGUCCCGACACGGAGCCGGUAACGGUGUGACAACGCAGCGCGUUUGCGGCACUUGGAGAGGGAGGCCCAUGUGGUGUGUUAAUGAGCAGCGCACACACUUAAGCUCUCUCAGAAACCGUUCGCUCGAUUCUCUCGGCGCGGGACUGCGCGUGUAGCCGGUUCUCUACGAUGCUGUUGGACGCGCGGGCCGGGGAGGAGACGGCGGUGUUCGCCGCCGCUGCCGCCUCUCUGCAGAUCCAGGUGGAGCCCGUGGGUCGAUGGUUCGAGGCCUACUUGAAGAGGAGGAACAGGAACGCAUCCGUCUCCUUCCAGGAGCUGGAGGAGGAGCAGGUGUCCUCCGAGGAGUCCGAGGAUGAGGAGUUCCAGCUGGAGGAGUACUCGAUGCUCCGAACACUUGACCCCAAAGACUGGAAGAACCAAGACCACUACGCUGUCCUGGGGGUCCCUCACCUGAGAUACAAAGCCACGCAGAAGCAGAUCAAAGCUGCGCACAAGUCCAUCGUGCUGAAGCACCACCCCGACAAGAGGAAAGCGGCCGGCGAGCGCAUCGUGGAGGGAGACAACGACUACUUCACCUGUAUAACGAAAGCUAUAGAAACCCUGUCGGACCCCGUGAAGAGGAGGGCCUUCGACAGCGUGGACCCCACCUUCGACAACGCCGUGCCCUCCAAGAACGAAGGCAAGGAGAACUUCUGGGACGUGUUUGCUCCCGUGUUCGAGAGGAACGCCCGCUGGUCCUCCAGGAAGCACGUCCCCAAGCUCGGCACCAUGGAGUCCUCCUUCGAAGACGUGGACAACUUCUACUCCUUCUGGUACAACUUUGAUUCAUGGAGGGAGUUCUCCUACCUGGACGAGGAGGAGAAGGAGAAGGCCGAAUGUCGAGAUGAGAGGAGAUGGAUCGAGAAGCAGAAUCGAGCCUCCAGAGGUCAAAGGAAGAAGGAGGAGAUGAACAGAUUACGAACACUAGUUGAUGCCGCCUACGGGAAUGACCCUAGAAUAAAGAAAUUCAAAGACGAAGAAAAAUCCAGGAAGGAGUCUGAGAAGAAGGCGAAGGUGGAAGCGAAGAAGAGGGAGCAGGAGGAGAAGGAGCGCGCCCGGCAGGCGGAGCUGGAGGCGGCUCGCCUGGAGAAGGAGAAGGAGGAAGAGGAGGCCAAGCAGGUGGCUCAGCUGGCCAAGAAGGAGAAGGAGAUCCAGAAGAAGGCCUUCAAGAAGGAGAGGCUGAAGCUCAGGACCACCUGCAAGAACUGGAACUACUUCUCUGUGAGCGAAGCGGAGAACAUCAAGAUGAUGGAGGAGGUGGAGAAGCUGUGUGACCGGCUGGAGCUCACCAGUCUUCAGGCUCUGAAUGAGAUCCUGGCCCGGGGCUCAAAGGAGGACAGCAAGGUCGCCGUGGAGAAGCAGAUGCAGGAGGUGAACGCCCAGCUGCAGAGGGAGAAGGAGGCCGAGAUCCAGAGGAGGCAGACGGUCCGCAGCACGGAGCAGGCCGGAGGAGGAGGAGCAGGAGGAGCAGCAGGGGGGAAGGGCUGGAACGAGGAGGACCUGCAGCUGCUCAUCAAGGCCGUCAACCUGUUCCCUGCUGGGACCAACGCCAGGUGGGAAGUGAUCGCCAACUACAUGAACCUGCACUCAGGCAGCGGCCUGAAGAGGACGGCCAAGGACGUCAUCAACAAGGCCAAGAACCUGCAGCGGCUCGAUCCGGUGCAGAAAGACGACAUCAACCGAAAAGCCUUCGAGAAGUUCAGCAAGGAGCACGGCGCCGUCGCCCCGACCAUCGACAACGCCGUGCCGUCGGAGAGGUUUGAUGGUUCUGGAGGAGCCUCCUGGACCACCGACGAGCAGAAGCUUCUGGAACGGGCCCUGAAGACGUUCCCCGUCAGCACCGCCGAGCGCUGGGAGAAGAUCGCCGCCGCGGUGCCGGGCCGCAGCAAGAAGGACUGCAUGAAGCGCUACAAGGAGCUGGUGGAGAUGAUCAAAGCCAAGAAAGCUGCUCAGGAAGUUGCAGGAAAGAGUAAAAAAUGACUAGAAGCUCAAAGAAUAGUAUUUGGUGUUAUUUUAACAUGUGUUGGUCUUUAUUUUAUAAUAAAAUUAAAGGAGGGAAACUAAAGAA